AUGGGGUGCAAGGAGCUGGAGGAGGAACUUCGGGAGCUGCAGGAGUUUACCAAUUUGGAAAAGAAUCUCGAUUUGGCCGACAUCAAGCAGCAAGUGAGCUCGUCCGAGGAACUCCGCAAGAACUUCGAAUCCAAGGAAGAAGAGCUGGAAACCCUAGAGGAACGAUGCAAAGACCUUGAGACGGAACUAAACCAGAAGCGGGAGCUGAUUUUCGAUAUCGAGAAAGAGCUGAUCGUGGCCCGGAAGGAACGCGAGGCGGCCGUCAAGGAGGCGGAACAGUGUCGCAAUUUGCAGAACAGCAUCCAAGUCGAGUAUGAGUUGUUCCAGCAGCGGGCCAAGAAUCGAGAGAAAGAAUUGAUCGAGUCACUGCAGGAGGCCCGAAGCACCGGUCCCACAUUGAAGGGCGACAGUCAAAAAACUUUGGAUAGCACCAGAAAGGAGCUCAAGCAGCUAGAAGUGCACAACUAUGAACUGCAGCUGGAAUUGGAACGAUGUGCUGUAGAGGUGGAAAAACUGAGAAAAGUGUCCGGCGAACAGACGGAAAAGUUGGAGAAAAUUCGAGUAGCUCUUGAGAAGGACAUCGAUCGCAAGGAUUCGAAAAAGUUGUUCCGCGUUGUGAACAAAUUGCGAGCCAUUAUGACCGAUGAAGACCUCAUGCUUAUUAACACUAGCCUCGACACCGACGACUUAGUAGACAGUAUGGGCGAUUCGAGCAUGAGCGAUAGCAUGGAACGGCAAUCACCGAUGAAGAUCACUCUGACGAGUGAUACGGGAAACACCAACAUGCUGCACAAUAAAAAUGGCAGCCAAAUACUGGACAUGAACAUUGAGUUCGAUGAACUACGGAAAAAAGUGAAACUACAAGAGACUGAACUAGCUGAACUACGUAUUCUGACUAUUAAAUAUGAAAAUGUCAAUGAACUGCUCAACGAGAAGGAAAAUAAACUAUCGGAAAUGCUCAACCGAUUGGAUACGGAACAAUCAAAGGUUCGAGAGCUUACAAACAAUCUCCAAACGAAGAAGAAGGAGCUUGAAAAACUUACCGUAGAGCAUGAUGAUCUUUCGACUCAACUUAUGGAUUAUGUUCAGGAUGGCGACAAGUACAAAGAAGAGAUUGAAAAACUUCAACAGCAACUACAAGAAUCGGUAUUCUUCUCGUCAAAGCUGCGAGAUGAGCUCGAGGAAGCAAGAAAUAAUCAAGCCUCAGUCGAGAAGUUCAAAUCUCUCGAAGCACAGCUUCAGCAAACCCAAGAUCAAUUGGAUCGGAAAAUCGAAGAAAUCCAAACUUUAUCCCACUACAAACUACAGUGUGUAACAUUAACAGAAGAACUAGACAUAAAAAGCUCGCGUGUCGCUGAUUUCGAGAUUAAGGUUGAUACUCUAGAAAAACAAAUUAAAGAAAUGGAAGAGCUUAGCAACUUACAAUCGCAACUUGAAGCUAAAAAUACUGAACUGCUCCAAAAAAACAACGAGCUAAAAGAAAAACUUAAAAUACUAGAACACGCUGCAGAAAAAGAAGGUGAAUUGCGAUCCCACUUGGAAGAGCAGCGUUUGAAAGCCCAACUUCUCCAAGAGGAAAACGUUGAUCUGGAAGUGGCCGUCCAACGGUUGUCCGAGAAAAUUGUUACCCUGGAGAAGCAGAUGACCAAGGAGGAGAGCACCCUGGUGGCUGGUGAGGCUACAAUCAAUGAUUCGCAGAGGCUUAAGCUGGAAACUAGCUUUGAGCUGAUUAUGGAACAAAAGGAAAAAGUUGCCGCCGCCCUCCCCGAGCUGGAGAUUGUGGAAGCUCGCGUAAAAAGUUUGGAGGAAGACAAUGACCAACUUUUGAGGCAGCUCGAUGAAUUGCGGAUCGAGAAAUCCGAUCUUCAAACAACAAAUGAAAUGGAAAUGAAAAAGCAUACCGAGCUCAUAGAAAAUAUGAAUGCUAUGAAAAAAGAGUUUGAGUCGUUUGAAGCUUCUCAGAGUUUGUUGUUGAAAGAAAAGAUUGAACAGGUAGAACAUCUUGAGACCGAGCGUCAAUCUUUGUUGCAGCAACUAAGCGAUAUUCAGAGCCAGAAGGAUAUUCUUUUAGAUUUACUGCAGGAAGAGAAGAAACAAUUAGAACAGAAAAACUCUGAGCAAAUGGCGAUCAUUGAAAGUUGUAAAAGAGAAAUCACAGCUACCAACAAAAGCAUUGAUGAUCUCUGCCAGCAGCAACAAGCUUUCGAACAGGAACGAACCGCUCUUUUGGAACAAAUCAAACUAGCGAAAGAUGAACUUCAGGUGGCACUUAAAGAAGUUGCUCACCAAGAGCCUUCACUUCAUGAAGAAUUAACUAAAUCUCGUGAAGAGCUUGUUUCGCUUCAAGAACAACAUCGCGUUCUAGAAAAGCAAAUUAAAUCUCUUCAACAAGAACACGAUUCACUUAUUGAAGAGAAAAAAAAAUCCGACGAAAAGUGUGAAAAACUGUCUGAUGAAAUAACUUUACUCAUCACCGAUCGGGAAAAGUCAAACGAAUCCAAUGAUAUUCAAAUCAAGCAACUUCAACAAACUAAGAAUGAACUGCAGCUAUUAAAUGAAUCACUUAAAAAGCAGCUCGACGAGAUCAAUUCCAACCUUUCCAACGUUGUUGAAGAAAAGGAAAAAAUGGGUAAGAAAAUCUCAAACCUAGAAGCAGAAAUGGAAGAGUCAUCUAACAUUCGAGAGCAUUUGGAAGCAGAGGUUACAGCCCUUAAAAAGGAUCUCAACAAUCUGGAUCUUCAGGUGACGGACAACAACAAAAAGGUUGAGCGUUACCAGGAAGAAAUCAAGGAGCUAAGUGAGAAACUAGAAUGCGAACAGAAAGCAGUGUCUCAGGCCAGCCACGAAAGAUCCGAGUUGCAAGCAACUGUUGGAGAACUUGAAACAAAACUUGCUAGUUUAGAGGAAGUAAGAAGCAACGAGCUUAAAAAGACUGAAAUGGUUGUGCGGGAGCAGCUGACUGCUGCCGAAAAAUUAAUUAAUGAGUUGCGCAACGAAAUAGUAAAGCUGACGGAUCAAAACGAUUUGCUUGAUAAAGAAGUAGCUGAGAAGCAACUGAGAAAUGAACAGCUUGAGCAGGAGAUUUCCGACCUGCGUCUGAAAAUAAACCAGAUCGAGGCAGUUCGCGAAGAAAAGCAGUCAAUCGAGCAAACACUGGAAGGUCAACUGAACAAACAGAAGGAACUGGAAAGCAAAAUUCAUUCUCUGGAGCAGCAGAUUGUGGAUGCCACAAACGAACAUGAAGCCAAACUUCGAACUCAGCAAAACAGCUGCUCUGAUCUUCAAGGGCGUCUUGACCAUUCAGAAGCGCGCAACCGACUGUUGGGCGAAGAACUUAUUGUUUUGCGAGAAAAUAGUAAGAUUUCUGCCGAAAACAGUACCAAACUGCUCGAACAAAUUGCUGAUUUGCGAGCCGAAAAAAUUCAGCUCGAGUCACAGUUGGCAAAUGUCCGCUCAGAAUCGGUUAUCAUUGAACACAAGUUUGAUGCGGCUAAUCAGGAGCUACUGGAUAAGAGCAAGCAGUAUGGUGAAAUCUGCCAGAAGGUCAAUGAAAUGGAGUUAAUUGUGUCGAAGAAGGAACAAGCUUGCGAUGAAUUGGCCACACAAAUUGUUGAGUUGGAACAUAAAAAUACGCUUCUGCAGCGGCAGUUAGAAGAAGAGAAAUCGAAUCAGAAGAAUCAUACUGAGACACAGACAUCCUCCUUGAAAAAAACUAUCAGUGAACUGGAAGAACAAAUCGCAGAUCUCAAAGCAUUGUUAGCCACCAGUGAAGACGAAAUCAGUCAAAAAUCGAAGGAAAUUCAAAAGCUUGUGGAACAAUGUAAACAGGAGCAAUCUCUAAACGAAAAGUUGAACGAACAACUGGAAACAGCUAUCGAACAAAAAGGGCUUAUUUUGGGGGAACAAAUUCAAGCUGAAGAAGGAGAAGAACCAACGGAAACCUCCACAUCAAAGUUCAACUGGUCCGAUACCAUUCGAACGACUCUGCUGUCCAAAAACAACGAAAUGAAGCUGGACAAACUGAAGAAAAAGGUUCUGAAGAAGUAUCGUCAGUUUUUGGGAAGCAGCGAAGAAACGUGUGAUAAAAUCGAACGCAAGUUCAGCAAAAAGAUUACCAAGCUAGGCUUGGUAGUGGAUAACGAUAGGGUUCGACUGAUUGAAUGA